AUGUCUUCUUCUUCUGGAGAAGUCACAACAGCAAAUGACAUUAAGAAGGAAAAUGUGAAGACGGACAAGAGAGAGUGCAUCAAGCUGCUGGCGCUGGACACGGCGGAGUUGUCUAUGGAGCGCGCAACUUCCAACACGGAUGCGGUCCACACGGAGCUACUGGUGAGCGCCUCCUCCUCCCUGGCCUUCUCCCCGGAGCAAGUGGCUUGCGUGUGCGAGGCGUUGCAGCAGGGAGGCAACGUGGACCGGUUGGCGAGGUUUCUGUGGUCCUUGCCGCAAAGCGAUCUCCUGCGGGGCAACGAAAGCAUCCUCAAGGCGCAGGCACUCGUGGCUUUCCACCAAGCCCGGUACCAGGAGCUGUACAGCAUUUUGGAGAACCACAGCUUCAGCCCGUCCAACCACUCCUCCCUGCAGGAGCUGUGGUACAAGGCGCGCUACACCGAGGCGGAGAAGGCCCGCGGGAGACCGCUGGGCGCCGUGGACAAGUACCGCCUGCGGAGGAAGUACCCGCUCCCCCGGACUAUCUGGGACGGGGAGGAGACCGUGUAUUGCUUCAAAGAGAGGUCCCGCAACGCGCUGAAGGACCUGUACAAGCAAAACAGAUACCCUUCUCCCGCGGAGAAGAGGAAUCUCGCCAAGAUCACAGGACUCUCCCUGACCCAGGUCAGCAACUGGUUCAAAAACAGGAGACAGAGGGACAGGAACCCGUCCGAGGCGCAGUCAAAAAGCGAAUCUGAUGGAAACCACAGUACAGAGGAUGAGUCGAGCAAAGGGCAAGAGGAAUUGUCUCCUCGCCCUCUCUCCAAUUCCUCAGAUGGCGCGAUAACCCAUGGGGGUCUCCCCCUUCAGACAGGGUCUCUCGAUAGUGGGGUGGUCAUCCAACAGAUCGGGGACAUCAAGAUGCCAGCUGGAUCCAGCAGUGGGGGGCUCUACAAUGGGAAUCUUGUCACCAGUAACAACUCCUCUACUGCCUUCCACAAUGGUGGCUCAUCUUACCUCCAUGGUCCGAGUAACAUCCUCUUCAAUGGGCUGAAUUUGGGCAUACAACCCCUGGCCUUCAACCCUCUGAGGCCAUCUGGAGGGGUCCUGCUCGGAGGCUCUGGUGUAGACAUGCAGAUGCCAUCGGGGCAGGAGAAGGGACUGGGCAGCUCUGCUGAGGACUCAACCCUCCAGUACGCUCCCUACUCUGGCUGUGUGAAUGGGGCAGAAGUGAAACUAGAAGGGGUGCACACUAUGGCGGCCCAGAACGGGGGCUCCUCGGUGUUGACAUUCAGCUCCUCGUCAGGCACACUCCAGCUGGGAGGCUAUAGCCUGGUCCAGGUACCCAGUGAGGUCUCCGGCAGCAAUGGAGGCUCACUACUCAACAGUGACGUGAGUCUUCCUCCCCUGCAGCUGUCUUCUGCCUCUUCUUCCUCAACAAUUACACAAGGUACCAUGCCGUUGAACAAUGUAGCAGUGACAUCCUCCAGCGAGGACUCCUUUCAACAACAACAACAACAACAGCAGCAGGAAAAGAUGACCAUGACACCCCUGCACCACAGCACAGUGCUCUAUUGCAUGGGCAGCACUGGUCAGACCUCCAUCAAGAAGGAGCCAAUGGAGGGAGGUGUCUACUCCUCAUACCACCAUGGGCUUCACCUAGACCCCAGCGGCCAGAUCAGCUACACCUCCAGCUCAGAUGUGGUCCCGUCAAGCCAGGGCCCCGUCUCGACCCCUGAUGUGACCACCAUCAGUUCAACCAGCCCUGAGCCUGAGGUCUACACCACUCUUACCGUCAGCACGCCCUUGAUGGCCCAAACGGACCCAAACGGCCAUCACCUCCAGCCCACAGAGUAUCUUGGAGGCCACGAGGCUCAGUCAGCUCCGUCCACACACUUGCUGGCCCCUAAUAUGAACAGCAACUACAUCACCAUGUCAGAGGACAAGGUGGAUGGCUCCAACUCAGGUGGGGUGAAUGACAUGGUGCGAGCGAUGUGUGGGGAGAUGGAGACUGUAGAAGGGAAGGAGCUAGCCAAACUACAGACAGUGCAGAUGGAUGAGGACAUGGCUGACCUUUAACCUGAAACCCAUUUCUUUUCAGAAGCACUCAUGCUGGCCCAGGCAAUGGUAUAAUGAAUCCUUUUUCUUUUGUGUGUGUGUGUUUUUUUUUACCAUUCAUUUCUUCUUAAUGUUAAAUUAUUUGCAAACGUUUUGUUCAUUUGCCUUUUUCAAUGCACUCUGUUCAGAUGCACAACCUUUUGUUUGGCAUAAUGAAUGAGAAACAAAAAUCUAUGACAUCUUUUAAAAGCCCCAAACAUAACAAAACAAAACAAAAAAAUAUUACAACUGUAGGAACUAUAUGUGUU